AUGUCAACGCAUACGUAUAAGUCUGGGUUCAGAGUGACAGUGUCGAACAAGGCGCCCGAGGAGGCCCAGGCGGGACACCUGCCAGAUAAAAUGACAGUGUACCAGGACUGUCUCAACGAGUUCAACGAGUCUCCGGUGAAGCCGGCGCGGUGCCGGAUGUUGAUUGGCAAGCUGCUAAAGCUGCUCUCGCACGGGGAGACGUUUCCGGCGAACGAGUCGACGGCGCUGUUUUUCUCCAUCUCGAAGCUGUUCCAGCACCCCAACAACUCGCUGCGGCAGGCGGUGUACCUGGCGCUCAAGGAACUGUGCCGCAACUCGGAGGAUGUGUUGAUGGCGACGUCGUCAGUGAUGAAGGACGUGCAGAACGGGACGGACCUGGUGAAGCCGAACGCGAUCCGGGCUCUGACGCGUGUGCUGGACGCCUCGACGGCGUUUUCAGCGGAGCGUCUGUACAAGAGCGCUGUGGUGUCGAAGGACCCGUCGAUCUCCUCUGCUGCGCUGGUGUCGUCAUACCACAUGCUGCCAAUAGCGGAGUCUACUGUGAAGCGCUACGCGAACGAGACGCAGGAGGCUGUGUCCGACCUGAAGACCUAUCCACACAGCGCGGGCCCCACGGACUUCUACCGCGUAUCAUCGUACAUCUCACAAUACCACGCGCUGGGGCUGUUGUACAAGCUGAAGUCGCACGAUAAGAUAGCCAUGAUGAAGCUGAUCCAGCAGUUCAGCGCCAACAAUGUGCUAAGAAACCAGCUGGCCCAGGUGCAGAUGGUCCGUUUGGUGCAUGAGCUGCUACGCAUGGAUAACCAAUUGGUGCCUCAGUUUGUUCCACAGCUACAGUCCUGGCUCACUAGCCGGUAUGACGCCGUUAAGCUCGAGGCAUGCAAGCUUAUUUCUUCUUUGAACAGUUACAUGCCUUCAGACAUACACACUGCAAUGAUCCACACACUGCAGGGGAUGUUGAGUGUGCCACAGGUGUGUUCUAGGUUUGCAGCAGUUCGCUUGUUGAACAGCAUUUCGAUGACUGCUCCAGAAAAGGUUAUCAUCUGUAAUCCGGAGUUGGAAUCAUUGAUAAACGACUCUAAUAGAAACAUUUCAACUUAUGCCAUCACCACUCUGUUGAAGACUGGCACCUCAAAAAAUAUAUCGUCUUUGAUCAAAACCAUCACCAAGUUUAUUCAUGAAGUGUCCGACGAUUUCAAGGUCAUCAUAAUCGACGCAAUUCGUACUUUGUCGCUAAAGUUCCCAGAUGAGUGGAAGAAUAUUCUAUCCUUUUUAAUUGACACUUUGAAAAGUGCAGAGGGUGGGUAUACAUUCAAAAAUAAUAUCGUAGAUGCGCUGUUUGACCUGAUCCAACAUGUACCUCAGUCAAGGGAACAGGCUCUGGAACACUUGUGUGACUUUAUUGAGGACUGCGAGUUCAAUGAAAUCUCAGUCAGGAUCAUUUACUUAUUGGGUAAGGAGGGCCCCUCGACAGAAAAGCCUUCGCUUUACGUUAGACACCAUUACAACAGAGUUGUCUUGGAAAAUUCAAUCAUCAGAUCUGCUGCUGUUAGCGCAUUGUCCAAGUUUUCCUCUCCGAAGAAAGAUCCGUCGUUAGCUUAUUCCAUCGAAAAAUUGCUAAAGGGUAUCCAAACCGAUGAGGAUGACGAAGUGAGAGACAGGGCAACCAUUCUAGUAAAGCUCCUUGAGGAGAACAAGGAAAAGCCUGGUGUUGCCGAUGAAUUUAUUCAGCCAAAGCAUAGUUACGAUCUACAUGCCCUGGAAAGUAAAUUAACGAACUAUCUCCACCAUAAUGAAGAUGGCUUUGCCACACCAUUUGACGCGUCGAGCAUUCCAAAGUACACAGAAGAGGAGCUCAAGGCUAUUAAUUUGAAGCAGAAACAGCAGCAGUUCUUUGCCAAUGCCGAGCCGAGCAACAGCGGCAAGAAAACCUCAGGCAGCGAUCCUAAGCUAUCGGCGUCGGCUACUGAUAUAGCCGCCGAAGCUGUCCAGCCUUCGAGCAUCGACUAUGCGGAGCAGCUCUCCUCAAUAGAAGAAUUUGCCUCCUAUGGCGCCAUUAUCCAUAGCUCGAAGCCAAUACCCCUCACUGAGCCAGAAGCAGAGUUUACCGUUGCUGGUGUCAAGCAUUUGUUCCAGGACCACCUUGUGUUGCAGUUCAACAUUACAAAUACUUUAACUGACGUGGCCUUGGACAAGGUUACUGUUAUUUGCACACCAGAAGAGGAUGCUGAAAUGACAGAGCUCUGCGCCAUCCCAUUAGACAGAUUGUUGCCGGGCGACACCGGUUCCUGCUUCAUCUCAUACGAGAAACCGACGGCAACUACGGUGGGCUUCUUUAACAACCUCAACUUCACCACUCUGGAGCUUGAUCCUGCUACCAAUGCUCCGUUCGAGGGCGAUGAAGGCUUCCAAGAUGAGUACGAGAUUGAUGCCCUAUACCUCCAGCCAGGGGACUACAUCAAAUCCGUUUUUGUUGGUGACUUUGCCGCUACGUUUGAGGAGCUACCACACGAGGAGGUGGCAGUUUACAACCUAUCGCAGUCAGGCGCAUCCCUGCAGGAUAUAGUGAACAAGCUCGUAUUAUCGACCAACUGCUUGCCGCUCGAAAACUCCCAGUUUGUGUCCACCGAAUCAAAUUCCGCAGUUGUCAAGCUUUUCGGAAAGCACAUCACUAGCGAGGAUCGCGUCGCCCUCCUUGUAAGACUCAUUAAGAGCACCAAGGGUAUCGCCCUGAAGGUCCAGUGUAAAAGCGACAGCGCGGAGCUUUGCGGUGACCUUGCCAACGGGUUGGUGUUGUAA